AUGAAGCUGAGAGACUGGCAAAUCACUAUGGAAGGGGACCGGUAUAUCGCCAAACUUGGCUCUGGCUUGAAUCUACUAGAGAUCUACUCUAGGCUAGCUCGCCAUCACCCACCCCUUGGGAUCGCUGCUGGUUUGCGUCCAUCUGUUGGUUUAGCUGGUUUGGCCUCGGGCGGUGGGUACGGCACCAGCUCGGCGAAAUACGGUGCCACCGUUGAUAGAAUAGUCGCUGCUGAAGUGGUCGUCUAUAAUCGAGAUGGAAAACGGUUCGAGUUGGUUACCGCUACCGGCUACAACGAGCAUUCUGACCUUCUUUUUGCUGUACGCGGCGGUAUGGGCGGCAACUACGGUGCACUAGUUUCCAUCAGUUACGAUGCGUUUCCUGUCGCGAACGUGGUUAGUAUGGUUGCAUUUGAGCCUCUGGUUGACCUUCCGGUACAAGCUCAAAGUAUCAAAGCUUUUCAGGAGUUCAUGCACUCCGAUGCUGCCGGACCCCAAAUUUACAGUAUCUUGAGGCUUCUCGGUUCAAGCGGCGCUGAAUAUAAUGUCCAGUGCAUUUGCGACGCUGACUGUGUGACUUGCCACGCCAAAUUGGAUACAAUGCAAGCUGCCGUCGGAAUCAUUGAUCCUCUACGUAUUGAACAAGACUUCGGGAAAUCUAUGUGGUUCUGGGCUGGGUGUACAUCUGACUCGGCUUCCGAUCUCUACCCUGCUGAUGGUAUUGGUAGCUUCAGCGAGGGAGAGCUACAGGAGGCCAUGGCGUCUUGUCUGGUAGCAGACGCCGCUAUCUUGUCAAUCCCAUACAAGCCCAAGUGUAUGUUCUUCCCCCGCAUCAUGUCCAUAGAGUUGUUGGAGUCCGUCCUCGAAGGUCUGACUCUCCCUGUUUGUGGUACUUUCCCCGACUGCGUGGUUAUGAUGCAUUUCCAAG